CCAGUCUGCCUUCUUCAUAAAAGGGAUAACUGUAGGAGGAAAGAAGCUUAUUACUACAAGAAUUGCACCAAGGCAAGGCCAGUUAAGAAAACUUUAUAGAGGACUGUAACUUCCAUCUGGGAGAAGGCACUGUGACUCCUGCAAGCUCCACUUAUACACAAAAACUAGCAAGAUGAGAUAUAAAGUGUUUGGCCUCCUUGUCUUCUGGCUCCUUAUUAACUCUGUUCAGCCAUUUGGUAAUGGAAAUGUUGGCUUAGCAUGUGAUACCAUGAUGCCUAACCACAGAACACACGCCGCACAGGAAUCCAUGUCCCCGUACAGAGUGGCUGCUUCAAGUUACUCAUUCAGCCCUGGAGAUGAAAUUACAGUGACUCUGCUGGCAAACUUCAAUACUACCUUUGAAGGAUUCCUCUUGCAAGCUCGUUCUGUAACAGGAAAUCGCUUGGUUGGAAAUUUCAGGGUGCUCAAUUCGAAUUCCCAAAUCCUUGAUUGUGGGGGAGUAAUGGGACUGGCAGUGAGUCACAUAAAUACAUCCAAGAAGUCCAAUAUAACAGCAUUGUGGACUGCACCAGACUUAUCUGAUAAUGUACAUUUCAGAGCCACAUUUGUUCGGAACUUCAAAACAUUUUGGGUGGGAGUUGAAAGUCCCCUCCUAACUUUUAUCACUCCAUCAAACCAACGUCCAACCACGCCAAAUGUGCCAGCUGUAUAUGUCUUAAGCACAAACCUUCCUUCCAAUAAAGUUGGAUCUACCAUUAUUUCCAGAGAAUCUUGUGGCACAGACAAAGUUUGUUUCAGUGUCCCUACAGACUGUGACCCAUCCAGGAGCACCAACUGUUACUUUAUGUCUUCUUCCCCUAUCGAAACCAGUGGACAAGGCUACCUGUUGGGCAUCAGUGGUCCAUCUACUGGAUAUGUGUCUGUUGGUUUUUCAGAUGACAUGCAAAUGGGAAAUGAUGAUAUGUACCUGUGUGUGAUGAAUGCAGCUGGAGUGAUUGAGGUUCAACAUGCCUACUCUGAAGGAAAGUCCCAACCACGUGUCCUUACUCCGGGUAAUAUUGAGGUUAUACUGGCAUCCUACAACAAUGGCAUUAUACAAUGUACUUUCAUUGCAAGAAGCAUCUCAAUCUUAAACCCACUUCAGAACUCCAGGUCCAUCAAUAGCUUGUACCAUAUAUUUCUGGCAUACGGUUCAUCCAGCAACGGACAAGUCCAGUAUCAUGGCCCUUCGGGGAGAUUUAUUAGUAAUUCCAGAAUUGACCUUUUAGCAGCUAGUAAUGUAACAAGUGGCCCAUAUGGACUUGACCCCCUAGUUAAGGCUCAUGGUUCUUUGAUGCUCAUUGCUUGGAUGACAACAGGCAGUUUGGGGAUGAUACUUGCUCGAUACUUUAAGGUAACUGGCAAGCAGCUGGUGCUGGGAAAAGCUGUUUGGUUCCAGGCUCACUUUUUUCUCAUGGCACUGACAGUGUGUGCAACAAUAGCAUCCUUUGUGUUGGCCUUUGUGAAGGAGCAAGGGUGGAACUAUAAUCUAAGCACACAUGCUAUCAUUGGCUGCAUUGUCAUGUGCCUGGCCUUUUUUCAACCUCUGAUUGCCUUGUUUCGACCCUCACCACAGAGCAGCAGGAGAUUCAUUUUCAACUGGUUUCAUGUUAUCAAUGCGCUGGUUAUUAAAGUUCUAGCAGUCGCUAACCUGUUCCUUGGACUGCAGGUUGUAUCCCACACAUAUGCCUGGAUGCCUGAAGUAAUGGGAGGAUUUUUCGCCUGGGAAGCUCUCGCCUUUAUAUCACUUGAAAUAAAUGCUCAGAUGGCAGAGAAAGCAGAAACUGGCCGCUAUGAUGUUAAUGACGACCCCAAAUCAAAAAGCCCGGCAAAGACUGAUGUUUUCCUGCUGUUAAUCUACCUCUGUGGGAAUCUGGCAUUCCUCAUAACGCUCCUUGUAGCAAUUGGCAGGUCGUAGAAACAGAAUAAUAUGGACCUCAAAGAACAAAUAUACUUUAUAUUGUCUGUCUUCUUUGUGUGGAUCCUUCCUAGACAUUUUAUAGAAGAUAUGGAGCGGGAUCCACCUGUUGUGUCAGUCUCAAGAGACUGUUCUUCUGUUUGUAGUAUAUUUUAUGAUAGGUAUGCUAAAAUUAGCUACUGUGUAUGUCAUGCAACUUAUUUCUCUCAGUACAUAUAUUUUAUUUAUACAUUUAUAUAUGAAGUUAA